UGCAGUCACCAUGUGGAGGAAUCCGGCAGAAUACUUCUCCAAUACCACAGUGAAAUAUUUUGAGAGGCAUAAAGGAGAGGUGAACUGCUGUGCUAUGUCUCCAGACUAUCAGCUUGUCCUCACAUGUUCUGAUGACAGUCGAAUCCAUGUGUGGGAAGCAAAGAGUGGGUUAUUGAGGCAUAAAGUGACAGGGCAUACAGGACCAGUAAAGUCAUGCUGCUUUUCCCCUGAUGGCUCCCUGUUUGCCAGCUCAUCCCAUGACUGCACUGCGCGGAUAUGGAGGGUGGAUACUGCCGACUGUCUUCACAUGCUAACUGAUCAUUCAAAAAGUGUAGAAACUGUUAGUUUCAGCCCAGACGGCAGAUGUCUACUGUCCGCGGGAUGGGAUCGUCUUAUCAUCUUUUGGGAAGUGCAGACUGGUCAGAGAUUGAAGACUUUCACUGGACAUCGAGAUGCCAUUCAGUGCAGUGCUUUCUCAAUAGAUGGUUCAUGCUGUGCCACUGGGUCCUGGGAUUAUACUGUCAGAGUGUGGAGCCUGAGUGACGAUGCAUCAGAGAAAGUUCUGAAAGGACAUAUGGGAAAUGUCCGCUGUGUGAGCUUUUCUGUUUCUGGGAUGCUGGCUUCCGGAUCAUGGGACAAGACAAUAAGAGUGUGGAACCCACGCAGUGGUACCUUGAUCUUUCUACUGAAAGGACACAUGGAUUGGUUAAGAUCCUUGUCUUUCUCCCGUGACGGUAUCCUUCUAGCUUCCACAGGACACGACAACAUGGUAAGACUCUGGGACUGUGAAAAUGGAAAAUGUAUAAAGGUUGUCAAGGGCAUGCUGGAGAUGACACAUGUCUGUAUAUUUUCACCGGAAGGCACCCUAAUGCUGGUCGGGGCUAUGGGGCUUCACCAAUCACAGCAGUGAUAUGUCAUCAAUUCCACAUGACAUCUACUAUGUGCGGACACAGGACACGGACUCAUGCUCCACCAGUUUUUGGGAAAAUACAGACUUUUCGGACACUAACAAAAACUUCCAGUAGUGCUGACUUAGUAUCACAGCCAAAAUAUUUGCCAAAAAUAUUACUA